AUGCAACUGUGCGACUGCUAUGCAAGGGUUCUUGAGACUUUUGGGCCUGGACUCCCUGACCAAGCAGUGUUAUUGAGGGUCUUUCGACCUAGACCUUUUCGAGAAUUUCUCAUUAAUACCCAAGAGUUCGACAUUCACCCAACUUUGUACCCUCCUUGGUGGACACACGAUAGAACUGUCGCGUGGUUCCGGGACCUGCCUGAUGAUACUCUGUGGAACUGCUACAUCUGUGCCAUGGUACUGCUGGGGCUCGUGUGGACCGUCGCCCAUCUGCACAACAUCUACAUAGACAUCAUCGAUGUGAUCUACAACGUCUCCUACGCCCUCCACAUCUUCGCUAUUGGUCACAAAAUGACUUCCGAAUUUGAGAGCACGGAUAUCACUUUUUGGAUAGUCAUUGGGUUUUUACUGGACAUUGGCACGUUCGCACAUUACGUCCAGACUAAUGCAAGCUUCAAGCUCGGUGCCUAUUACAUACGGUUGCAUCGGCCUUACAAAUAUCUUGCUUCUCUGAAUGACUAUAACCUUAAAGGCAGUAUAUUGGGGACCACCCUGAAGUACUGCUACAUAUUCAUGGUGAUGAGAAUCACAUGGGCUUAUAUUUGGUUACACGUAGUGACGAUAAAGCCAUCCUACUACAUAACACAAGUGAAUCCAAAUGAAACGACUACUAUAGCACCGGGGAAUAUAACUGCUAGAGGGAAUUUCAUAAAGCUGAAAGAUUACGACAACCCUGCGGGAGAGUUCCUCUCAGCACUCUACAUGAUCAGCAAGAUGUAUAUACCUAUCGGUCCAUCUAGCUACCCGGACAAUGAUAUAGCGCGUAUCUUCUGCAUCAUGAUCAUGAUGUCAGGGUGCCUGGUGGUGACUGGAGCCGCUGUGGCCUCCCUGUCUCUCAUCAUCAGCUUGUACAUGAGGCCCGAGGAGGCGUUCCGGUCAAGAUACAGGCUCAUCAUCAAAGAAAUGACGGAUACGAGAGUUCCACUAGCUCUGCGCAACAAGGUGGAAACGUUCUACAAGAUGUACUGGCACAAACAGCGCGCUGUCUCCAAGACUCAGCUGCUGCCGACCUACCCACCAACCCUGCCGGCCACUAUCAACCUUGACAUCUAUUUCGAAGCAACACAGAAGACACGAAUACUUCGAGAUCUGACAUACCAGAUACUCUCAGAGCUGGCCAAGAAGAUGGAGACCAUCCACUUCAUCCCCGGAGACGCCAUCAUCAAGCGAGGAUCCAAGAAGUGCAGGAUUAUCUACAUCACUUAUGGAGACGUUGAAAUGUUGACGGCUGAGGAUGAUACUACAGCAAUAUUGCGUAUGACGCGCGGUACAGUACUGACUCCGUGCGGAGGAACGGCUGCAGAGGCUCUCACCAGUUCACAUCUAGCAGUGAGGGCCGCCACUUUCUGCACUGCGCACGUGUUGGAAGCUGCCAACAUGUGGAGGAUAGUUUGCAAGCACUCCGUCUCUCAGGACCACGCAGGACCAAUACUGGCUUCUUUUACAGAUCACAUUGAGAAGGUAAAAAGGCAUUACUCUAUGAAGGAACCGGUUGAAGCUAUGCACAAGAGUAGUAUCCUGCAGUUCAAUCGCAAUCUGAUUGCGUUGAAGAGCAUGAAGGAUAGUCAAGGAGUUCCCUUGCUGGCCAGUCCUGACAUCUUCCUGGAGAUUGCUGGCUGCUACAUCAUGAGGAAUCGCCCGGAUACCACAUUGACCGACCAGUCUGAUGAGAUCUGCCUCCGUCCUUCGUUCCCGUGCAUCUUGCAGCCUCACUCUUCACUCCUGGUCGCCUGGAAUGCAUUCGUAGCUUUUCUCAUACUGGUUAUCUGCAUCGUUCAUCCAUACAACCUGAUAUUCAAGAAGGUUGUGAGCCAGGAGUUCAGGUUCUUCGACUUCGCUAUGACCAUCGUGUAUGUGUUGGACCAUAUCGUAUACUUGUCUACAGGCGCCAACGUUGAGGAGGGAGUGCCGAUAACAUUUGCACAGACAUCUUCCAAGCAGAUGCGAAGUCACUGGUUCGUGCUGAACGUGGUGGCCACGCUGCCUAUCUUCGAAUUCGUCGGUGAUGGCCACUUUGCUGGCAUCAAUAAACUCCUCAGCGUGCCGAAGCUGUUCCGUGAACUGAAGAGUUUGGAGGAAAGCUGUGGGUAUCGCAGUAACGUGCUCCGCUUCUUGUCCUACACUUUACUACUGCUCAUUGCUUGCUACUUCAUUGCCGCCAUUCAACAGGGCUUCAUGUGCUUCCAGGCUGGUUACUGUUUAGUCACCAACUUCACACAUUCGCCUUUCUGGGAAGAGUCACCUUUGGACGACGGAACGAUAGCCCACCGAUUAAUAUUCGGACUCUACUGGGCUAUUUCUAUGAUUAGCUUCAUCAAUCACAGGCAGACAUGGGCAGCGACUGAGUGGAAGCAUGUGAUAUAUACCUUAUUCAUCCUUGAGAUCUGCAUCGUCCUGCGAAUUUUCAUGGAGGCAGUCUACUCUGCCACAAUUAUGGUCACCACGGCUCCCAGGGAAGAUUACGGUGCUCGUAUAGAGACGGUGAAGAAUUUCCUGGUAAGAAAUGAAGUGGACCCUGAACUAAGGAAGCGGUUCAUCACUUAUCUGGAGCUGUGCUGGUAUACCGACAAGGCGUACACAAUGACUCAUAAGAAGCGGUCGAACAUAUUCCACGACCUUCCACCACAUGUGUUCCAAGACAUUGUGGGCAAGCACCGGAUCAAUUAUAUACACGUCAUACCGUUCAUGAAGUUGGUAAAUAAGGAGGACCUGAAGGUAGUGAUGGCAUCAGUAAAGAUAUUCUACACCUCGCCCAACGAAAUACUGAUCAACACUGGAGAACUCACCAAUGAGAUCUACAUCAUUAAACGUGGCAUCUGUGAGGUUUUAGAUCCGAUUACGCAGAAAUGUAUCGGCCAGCUCACCGCGAAGACUCAUUUUGGUUCCCUCACCUGUUUGUUGCGUCUCCCCGCGUACUACACAAUCCGUGCCGUAACUCAUGUGCAUGUGAUGUGCAUUCCCAGGAAAGUGUUGGGCAAAGUGCUGAGCACGCCACAAAUAAGCCAAGCCCUCAAGUAUCUUAAAACGACCCCGGAGUUCCAAAGCCUGCAGACGCCUAUACCUUCAUUCGUCACGUAUGUUCCACCUCCACCGACGGCGAACCUGAUGUAUUUCCGUCUACCCAGAAAGCAUCAACUUGACACGGAGUUCUUGGCUCCUUUUGACAGACUCGGGUUCCUCUCGAUCUUGCGAUACAUAUUUCCUCGGUACACCAUCAGGCCGGAUGGCAAUUACCUGGUGCGCUACGAGUGGUUCCGCUUCUUCUGUGCCUUUCUGUCCACGCAGCUGUUCCCUGCCUACACCUACCUGGUGCUGCAGUGGCCCUACCUCUACUAUGUCGCGUGGUUCCUCGACUUAGCUGCUUACUACGAUAUUUUUCAACGCAUGCUUAUUGGUUACUUCAAUGACAUUGGGAUUCUGGUCUACCACCCUGCCAGCACCGCCUCUUACUACAUGAAGGGGGCUUUCAUUGUGGACCUAUUUGGUUGCCUGCCUCUUGAGAACUUGGAGUCACCACGGAGAGAGUUUGUAGGGGACAAGUUUCGCGUGACUCCAACGAAGCAGUUUCUGAUGCUGAACCGCAUCCUUCAGUUGUAUCGCAUGCCAGGAGCCAUGAAGGUACUCAAGGAGUACAUUGGACGCCGAGACAUUCUUAUGAUUUUACAUCUAAUACCAAUAUUCAGCGCGAUGCUGAAUAUUUUGACUUGUUUCAUAGUUUUCUACUCCGUAAAGAUAUAUUACAAAGAAUUCGACCGGGGAAAGUCAUAUGAGUGGCUGCUACAGCCUUUUGAGGACCGUGGAGGUUCUUGGUUACAUCUGUUCAAGGACAAAUUUCGCUUCAACCUGACGGAGACGCCAUGGAACUUGCACCUAGCGACCUACUUCUGGGUGGUGUACGAAUGUAGCACCACUGGUUACGGCACCUUCAACCCCAGCAACCAUGCCAUAAUGCGGGUGCUGUUCAUUGGACUGGCCUGCAGCGCAAUGAUAAUAACGUACUACUCGGUCCGCAUUAUCAGCGUCCGCGCGAACGUCAACAAGUCGCUGGCCGGCUUCCAGCAGCAUAUGAAGGAUAUCAACACUUACAUGAUUCGCGAGAAACUCGAUCCGGAGCUACACAAAGAAGUGAGACGUUACUACGAGUACAACUGGGAGAAGAUGGGCGGCAUUGACUACCGAGGAGUUCUGAAGCUGUGUGACCAGAUCACGUUGCGGACUGACGCUAUCUUGCAUAUCUAUGGACCUACUUUUGCUAAGUGUCCAAUAUUGGUGGAUGCAGAUGUAUCGCUACUCCGUAUCCUGGGCCGAGCCGUCCGCAGCGUAUACUUCCUCCGGGACAUGAAGAUCUUGGAGCUGAACGACAUGGCCACUGAACUGUACUUCGUGGACUACGGAGGAGUGGAGAUCAGGGUUCCCAUGGAUGACACUAAUGCUAUUUUGCGGUUACCAAGGGGCAGUGUAUUUGGUAACUUGGAGAACGUGCCCUGCCUGAGAAGUCCGUACAACGUGGUGGCGACCAGUCGACUGCACCUGCUGAUGAUCAAGUCAGCUGCUUUCGCUAACAUUACUAAAGACUUCCCCGUCGUAAGGGAACUCAUGGAAAAGUCCAUGGUGGUUGAGAAAAACAAUAGAAUUGAAAAGAAGAUGUACAUCCUAGGCGGCGAGGCUACGAUCAAGAUGAAGCGCCACUUGCACUCCGGCCCACCGCCGCGGACCAAGACUAGCGUCAUGAAGUACAUCUACUUCCAAGAGGGCGCUGUAUUGUUCUUCUUAGUAUUCAUCUGCAUGGGCUGCAUCUAUUUGGACUUGUAUAAUGCUGGGUUUGAGGAUAAUAGUACCUGGCUCCUGAUUACUCUCUAUUCCUUGGAUGUUUGUUUCUAUUUGAAGAUAUUUACUCAACAUGCAUUCCCUUUCCUCGUGCCCAGCAAGAGUCUGAAGAAAAUAAUGCUUCCAAUACGGAGACAGUAUUUUAGAAGAGAGUUCAAAUACGACUUGAUAUCAGUACUGCCUAUUGAGCUGUUUACUUUCGCUGGAGGGCGGUUCGCCAUACUGCGCCUCAAUCGAAUGUUAAGAAUUGUAACAGUGUACAAAUGCCUGUGCCAUCGCAAAGAGAGCAUCACGGUGAACCUGACGCUGACCACGGUGAUGGCAGUCUCCAUUUGGUUCACACUGAUCGUCCACACCUCCACUUGUAUCUGGUACUUCAUGGCGGUUGUGGAAGACCAGAUUGAGCCAGGGACUUCCUGGAUGCAUUUAGAUGACGGCACAACCCACUGCGACAACCACUACAUCUGUUCUCUGUACUUCGUGCUUACGACAUUCACACAAAAUGGAGUCGGUGACAUCAUGCCCAAGAAACAUUCGGAGGUGGUGUUCGUGGCAAUACUUCAGAUCCUGUCGACGAUGGUGUUCAUGAUAUACGUCGGGGAGUUGUCAAACAUUAUCCAGUACCAGUCCUAUCGCUCGUUCAGCUUCUACAGCAAAUACUUAGAACUACAGAAAUUUCUGAAAAACAACAGAGUGUCUCAGAAUCUUGUGACGAUAGUGAACAAGUACACCCUGCACUUGUGGCGAGAGAAAAGAGGUCUACAGAUACCUCACUUCUUGAAAGAAGCACCUCUUUCCCUCCGGCUGAGGAUCAUGUCAGCCGCUUACCUGCAUCACAUCACACGUCAUCAUAUCUUUGAAGAAUGUGAGCCCGCUUUCCUCAGACAAAUGGUCGGAUGUUUGAAGCUGUAUACGUAUAACGAAGGGAUGUACGUCGUGAAAGAAAGCGAAAUCACGGAUGCAAUGUACGUGAUACACACUGGUAAAGUGAGGGAGACUAGCGAGGAGGAUACAGAUGUCGGUGCCAGGGUCUACCCUGCAGGCUCCUACUUCGGAGUUUUGCAGGGAUUAUUGCGAAAUACUCCGUACACUCACUCGUAUCAAACGGUGACGAAGUCUCAAGUACUCACUCUGAAACUUGAUGACUGGGAGUACCUACUGAAUCAUUUUCCAGAAAGUAAAAAGUCUAUACAUAAACACAUGAGUCAAUUAGGAGACGACAACACGGAUCACAGUAACUGGCCUGGAGGUCCGAUAACGGAAGCAGCUCCUGACUAUGUAAUUAGUGAAAUGCAACAAGAUACCUCAGACAUGCCGCAGUAUCCUGAUGGUCGAAGACAUUUCGGUAGAGAUUCUGCCACAGAUGUAAGAGAAGAAGCACCUCCUAAAGAUUUAACACCGAGAAAGAGGAAGGAAUCAAGAUAUUUUGCUUUUCCAUCUGACAAUAAGAAACCUGACACAAUAUCUGUGGUUGAAGAUGGCGAAGAAGAAAAUCGAACUCUAGUAUCUGGACCGUCUGGAAUUCAAAUUCAAGAUACAAGACCAAAUCUUAAAUCAAUACUGGGAAAAAUAGCUGGCACUGCAAAAAAAUUAAUGGGUAGAGUUUCAGAUCCCGAAUUGACAGCCGCUGGUGAUGAACUUUUAUUAGAAGAAGAUGCUGAAGCGACUGAAGCCUUACUUAAACAUUUUGAUAAGGCUAAAAAACAGGAAAAAAGCACUUUUAAAAGACAAAGAACUCGUCGACCGAGUCUGUUCUUCCAUGCGCCAGAAGAAACGACAGAAAAACAUUUAGUAACUUUAGACAUGGAAUCAGAUGUCAAAUUAGAUCAACAUAAAUCUGACAAUUUGCCGGUAAAACCGCUUACUAUCCGAAAAAGCUCUGAUGUUCUUAGACUUAGUCACGGAAAGUCGAAGGUCGAUGAAACUGCCUCAAAAAUUGAACUCACAAUAGACAUUGAAGGUGCUUUAGAUGAAAACAAGGCAAGAGAAAACAAAAUAUUAUCUCCAUCUCAAGGCCCAGCUCCGUCGCAAGGCAUAAAAGAAACCUCACGUAUACAAGCUACUCAAAACACACCCUAUACUAGUCAAGCAACCACAAGUAAGCAAGCUACUCGAGACAUAAUAACCCCUACUGGUCAAAUUCCGAAAGAUUCUCCGUCUGCACGUAAACUCAGUGUACCUACUACACUUUCUUAUCCUGAACAAAAAACUGACCAAAAGUCAACAUUACCAGACCUAGAAAAAGUUAUUGAUAGUUUGGUUAUUCAAGAUAAAACAAAGUCAAUUGAACCCACAACGGACACUUUACCUCCUACGCUUCCAAAGGCGCCUCUUAGAGAAGCCAGAGAGGAACAAAUACCUGGAACAUCAAAGCCGAAGGAUAUUAUUUUAAAAUCUGAGACAAGUUCUACACCUCCAUUUGUAGCACCGAAAGUACCUUCUAAAUCUGAUGAGUCUCGCUUGGAACGUAGUAUAAAGUUGUCUACUCCACCUGCUCAAGAUGUUACUAAUAUACACAAACGAGAAGAAAACGCAAAUAUUGUAUCAGUCAUUGAAAGUACUGAACUCAUCAGCGAGGCUUUGGUUGAUCAAGAUGAUACAAAAAAACAACCACCUAGUGAAGCCAUAUCUACUAAACUUUAUACACCUCAAAAACUUCGUACAGAGUCUAAUAAAGAUAUUCAAUCUCGUACAGAUACAAAAGAAAUAAAAUUAAGGUAUUCUGCAGUUUCAUCGGCUUCAUCUAUAAUACUGAGACCUGUAGCUUCCACAGAAACAGAACCGAAAGAAGCCAAUCAAGUUUCUCGGAGCUUUCAGCCCGCUAGGAGCACUAGUACUAUGCAUACUUUAGCAACAACUGCAACUGAAACUAGUGCAUCCAGGCCAUACACACCUAUCGAACUUUCACCCAAUAUUAACCGAGACGUUCAACACUCAGGUCAAGAAUCUCAGCCAAACAAGGACAUUACAAAUAUUCCUGCUACUGCAAGUAAACCUGCGAAAACUGACACAUUACGUGAAUACAAAGCUGACGAAGAUGUAGCCUCUCAAUCAUCGUCAUUAUCUGAGGAGAAAGCUCUUGAAACAGUGGACUUAACCAAGCCUUCAACUGUAACAGUAUAUGAGCCAGCACCUACACCUGCGUCUUCCACGGCUUUAGGAAGCACAACGAAUGAAUCAUCUGUAGCAACAGCGGAACGAAAGGCAUUUAAGAAAAAACAAUUCAUUUACGACCCCAACCCAAACUACGAUGAGGACGACGGCGCCGGUGAAAUAAUACAAGACCCAACAACAACAGCGCCUCCUCAGCCAACUCCAACGCUAACUCAGGAAGAAGCCACUAACACAAAGAGUAGUAGACGCUCUAUUCGCGUGCGUUAUGAUGAGCACAAAGAUGAUGAUAUGGAGUAUGGGAGUGAUACUGACGAAUCUGAAGAUGAGAAACCUUCGAAGGAAGAUGAGACCAGGCCGGUAGAUAGUAAGCAGCCUAAACGAGAUGAUAAGGGGGCUACAUCUACACCAAAAUCUGGAAAACCUGACAAGAAGUCCAAAAAAUAACCUUAAUCCAAUGAAUGUCUUUGGGAUUACUAUUAAUUUUAUAGUCACCAGUGAUGUUCACAGGCCAAGUAAAACGUUCUUACUUGAGUUUUUCGAAUCUCUGUAUGCUAAUAAGUGUCUGAGUAAGUAGCCAUAGGUAAAUAAAUGGGUCUCUAAGACUAUCGAGAAUUAGGUUUUAUCUUACCAAGUCUUUUGGUUUUAGUUUUAAUAUUUCUACGUCCUUUGAUUUCUAAGUAAAAUGAUUAUGGAAGUAUAAUGUUAGCUUUAGUUUAAUUUUAAAAGAUUAAUGUUAUUGUCUUGCUUUUAAGUU